AUGACAGCAGCAGCAGCAGCUGGUGCUGCUGCUACUGUAGAAGCAGCACCAGCACCGCCAUCACCACUCUCACCAGCAUCAGCCGCAAUAGCAGAAAAUGUAACAGCAGCAGUGGAAGCAGUAGCAGCAAUAGCACCAAUAGCAGCAGCAGCACCGGCGGCAGCAGUAGCACCAGCAGCAGCAGCAGCAGCAGCAGCAGCAACAGCACUGCGGCGUCACUUGAGGAUUUGGUUGAGGCGGAAGAGUUCGCAGUGGAAACUUGAGAGGGAGGAGGUCCAGCAUAUCUUGCGGAUCUGCCCAAAGGCAGCGAAGGCUGCCGGAACCCUCGACCCGAUGUGCGCCAGGUGUACAGCCACUCCGAUGACGCGCAGCAAGGCUGCAGGAGCAGCAACAGCAGCAGCAACAGCAGCAGCAGCUCGGAAUGGACCCCAUGAAGCAGCAGCAGCGGCUGGACGGACACCGGCCGCAUCUUCCGAUUAG